GGCGCAUGGACUUAAAGCCGUGUAUCCACUUGUAUCAGAGAGAAACUUUCUCUCUGCUUGUAUCACAUCCUCGUGUAUUCUUCGUUUCUCGUUCCCCUUAAGAACUCCCUUUUAUAUUAUUAAUUACAUGUUGUUGGUAAUUAAUAAUUUCUUCACUUCUUGCCUCAUUUCCAGACUUGCAUUUCCAGUUCUCGUCUUUUAUUUCUUUUCUACUAAGCUAAACGGAAAAUCCAAUUGCAUUUCAUAGAGACGGUGGAUAUGUAACCUAUUCUCAGUUGUAAAUUUGUUUACAUAAAUAGAUUCGAAAUUUAAGUUGUAAAGAAAUACAGAGAGAGAAAGAACGUGAGAGAUUUCAAAUUUUGAUGGCUUUUUCACAACCGAAUUCGAGAGAAUUGCAAAAUCGAAAAAUCUUGGAGGAAUUGCAAUUGAAGAAACAGAUGCUCUUAAAACAAGGAGUUACACCAACGUUGAACACAUCAUUAGCUGUUACUUCGACAGGAUCUCCUUCUAAUUCACCUUCUGAUGGUGUUGCCAUGAGCGCAUCCCAAAGAGCAGCCUUGAACAAUGCGCAUGCUGCAUCAGCAGGAUACUUCGUGACACAGGAUUCUUCCUUCGGCAAUCUUAUUCUACCGGUUCUCCCUAGAUUCGAUGCUAAAUGAAGAGAGAAAAUGGCUAGCAUUCAGCUGCGCGAGUUAGAAGAGUAUUUACAACAAUUGGAUGGAUUUAACAAACCUAAAAUACUACUGGAACAAUAUUGUACUAGUGCACAUAUCGCGUCGCGUAUGUUGUAUUGUGCUCAGACACAAUAUGACGACAUAGAAGGACGUACGGUGGCUGACUUAGGUUGCGGAUGCGGCGUUUUAUCGCUUGGAGCACAAAUGCUUGGAGCAGGCCACGUAAUCGGCUUCGAGAUCGAUCCAGACGCGCUUGAGAUUCAAUCAAGAAACUGCAGUGAAAUAGAACUGUUCGUGGAAGCUGUACAGUGCGAUGUACUUCAGUACUUACCAGGUAGAUUUGAGAGAUACUUCGACACAGUGGUCAUGAAUCCACCUUUUGGUACGAAGCACAACGCGGGUACUGAUAUGAAGUUCUUAGAAAUCGCGAGUAAGAUAGCGUCGAAUGCCGUAUAUUCGUUGCACAAAACGAGUACGCGUGAUUACAUUCUACGAAAGGCUGGACAGUAUGGUGCUAAAGGCGAAGUCAUCGCAGAGCUGAGAUACGAUUUACCGAAAGCAUACAGGUUUCAUAAGAAAACUUCUGUAGAUGUUCAAGUAGAUUUUGUACGAUUUGAAUUAAAUCACUGAAUUUUUUUCUUACUUCGCGGAAUUUCGUGUACGACUUAAUACGUCCAAACAUUCUAUUUUGAUUAGAGUGCGUGUUCAAACGCAUGUGCAUGCGUGUGUGAAAACGAGUAUGAAUGAAAUAUUCUGAUAUAUACAUAAUAAAGUAGUUUCAAAGAAAAAUAAUUGUACAUAUCUAUUUAACAAAUCUGAUAAAAUGAUGUAAAAGGAA